UGUUUUAAAUGAAAGAUGAGUUAAUUUGUCCUGAUUGAAAUGAUGUGAAUCAGUUUUAUCUCGCAUUAAUACACGUUUACCUUACAAGUGUUAAAUUAAUUGUUAUAAUUGUGCACGUCGAGAAUGAAGAAUUUUGGAAUUUUAAUCGCCCUCACGGUUGUGGUUAAGGUGACUCGGGCUGGGGUUCCGGCGAUCCGCUCCUAUGGUCGUAGCAGAAACGAGCCACAAGUGAUACCGUGCAGCAGCUCGAGCGAGUGCCCUGGCAAUACGUGCUGUAGGACCGCGGACAGGGGAUUUGUCAGCGGGGACAGUCAGGGAUGGUGGGACGGCCUGGCGCUCAGAUUGGAGAAUGGGACGUGCAUUGGGGACGCAGGCGGCCCGGGAUCUCUCUGCGGAUCUUGUGGAUGCCAAAAAGGUUACACCUGUUACCGAACCAUAACAGGAGCCUGCUGCCCACCAAUGACAUGCUGGGAGGCAGAGGCGGCCCGGAUUGACAGAGAAUACUGGAAAAAUUGCUCUAAAGACCCGAACUGCCAACUUCCGCCAUCCGCGAACCCCGGUGGUCAAGGGAUUGGCGGUCUGAAGUGAACAUGGGAGAGAACUGAAUUUCUUUUACCGAUGUAGAAGCAAAGAAAUCAAUAAUAAAACUAUAAGUUAA